ACUUAACCUGCUUCACCUUCGUGGCUGACUUGCGCUGUCAUCCUACAAAUCUCUUGGUUGACAUUGAGAGAUGGACACGGCCGGUCUAUCGUCAUCUGGCGGUGGUCCCCGGACGCGACGGGAGACGGUGCGCCACGCGAACGGCCAGUCCACGGCCUACAUCUACGACAGCUUUGUCGACCCUUGGAAGCCAGCGGAGACGAUACUUAUACAGCACGGCUUUGCCCGCACGGCGCAGCACUUCUACCACUGGGUCCCUGCCCUGGCUCGCAAAUACAACGUCAUUAGGCGCGACCUACGGGGCCACGGAGACUCAAGCAGGCCGGUCCCGGGCGAUGGCUACGACUACUCGACGACUACAAUCAUCGAGGAGAUCCGCGACACCCUCGACCAACUCGGCAUCCAACGGGUUCAUUUCCUAGGCGAGUCCACCAGCGGCAUGCUGGCCGAGAUCUUUGCCGCCACCUACCCGGACCGUGUCAGCUCCAUCAUCGUCUGCUCCUCGCCGACCUAUCUGCCCGAGGCCGGCCAGCGGCUCCUCGCCUUCGGCCUCCCAUCAUGGCCUGAGGCCUGCCGUCAGCUCGGGUCUCGAGGCUGGGCUGAGCGCCUGGCCGCCACGCCUGGGACCCUCGCCAGCGCCGACCCGGCCUACAAAAAGUGGUGGCUCGACGAAGUUUCCGCGAGCGACGGCGAGGGCCUGGCUGGCUAUGCCGAGUUCCUAUGCAAAUUGGACUCGCGCCCCUACCUCGGCGAUAUUCGGGCGCCCAUGCUCAUCCUCGCACCCACAAACAGUGCCAUGGUCACCGUCGAGUCCAUGAAGGACCUGGAGGCCCGGAUUGCGUCGGCGCAGCUUCAGCUCAUUCCGUCUCGCGGCCACGAGAUCUACUCGGAGGCCGCCGAGCAGUGCCAAAUGGCCGUGUUGAGCUUUCUGGAGGGACUUCAACGGCCCGAGUAG